UGAGUAGAAUAUCCUACAGUCCCUCUGUCAUUCUUUAAAAGUGCACAUUGGUUUAGCUGGUGCUGUUUAGAAACCGGUUGCUGGAAGCUGCAGGCAGAUGGGGAAACUUAAACAGGAAGCGUCCCUGCCGCUGCUGCAGACCUCUGGCUUCUACUCAGAGUGAACUCAUGUGCUCAACAAAAAUCAAGGACUAGCCGAUAAAUCCACGACCAGUUGCCUGCUCUAGGAAGAUCAGGUUGCAGUCCUGCCCUGCUAGCUUUACACCACACCCCUUCAAAGUGAAUUAGUAGGGGAGGAUCACAUUCAGCCCUGAUUCAGGAAUUCUCUCUCUCUUCAAGAACUGUUGCUAGAAAUCUGGAAGGAUGAAAGGAAGAAAGAAUGAAUGGUCCUUACCUUUAAUAUUUAUCUUGCUGUUCAUCUGCAUCACUGGACAUGAAACUACUGGCUUAGAUGACAAUGAAGAAGAGUAUAUUCUGGGUGCUGCUUUGCCACCAUUGAAACUAGGGCAUUCAGUCUGUGCCAUGAAAGCAGAUGAAGGUCCGUGCAAAGCAAUCCACUUACGUUAUUACUUCAAUAUUCAAAGCCGGGAGUGUGAGGUAUUUGAAUAUGGUGGAUGCCAUGGCAAUGAGAACAACUUUCUAACAAUGGAAGAAUGUCAGCAGAAGUGUGUGGUAAAAGAAUUGCCUCGAAAGAUGAUGCUAACAAAAAUUAAAAAAGAGAAGCCCAACUUCUGCUUUCAUGAGAAAGACCCUGGAAUCUGCCGAGGCUAUAUUUCCAGGUAUUUCUAUAACAAAGACACAAAGGCAUGUGAAGUGUUCAAGUAUGGUGGCUGUCUAGGAAACCAGAACAACUUCAAGAAUCUGGAAGAAUGCCAGGAUACCUGCCAAGGCAACUCAAACACAUUACCAGUUGUCCCAGCUGAAGAUCAUCCUAACACUGGCAACAGGAGUUCCCCAGAAGAAGAGCCCAAUCAGUUUCCUGGAAUUUUGGUCAGUUUGUUGCCUACUGCUCCAAACGAGAAGUCCAACACUCUGAACAUUAGUUCCCCAAAGGAAGAGCAGAACCAGUAUCCCAUAUUUUUUGAACCACCCCCUAUCCCAUCUUUGUGCAUGACCCCUAUGGACAGAGGACUUUGUAGAGCCAAAGAAUUACGAUUUUUCUACAACUACUCAACUGGAAGAUGUCGCCCAUUUAGCUACAGUGGUUGUGGUGGGAAUGAAAAUAAUUUCACCUCCAGAAAGUCAUGUUUGAAGAUCUGCAAGAAAGGGUUCUAUAAAAGAAAAGGUGAAAGAAGAUUAAUAAAAAUCAAGAAGAAAAGAAAGAAACAGGCAGUGAAGGAUCUAGACAAAGAAAUGAUCCCUGAAUGAAGGCAGCUUUGAUUUGUAUGGAAAUGUGAAGUGAACUACUUUUCACCUGUGACUGAAAGUCUUAAGUGUACUCCAUUUAAAUAUAUUUACUGUACUGAUUUGAUUACAUAUUACUAAGCUGCUUAUUUUUAUUAUGUACUCCUAUUUCAUUUUAAUAAACAUUACCUUUUACUUUGA